AUGUCCUUCGCUUCUUUCCAUGGCAGCAGCUCCCGGGAGCCGCAGGCAUCCCACCGCCCCGCUCGGUCUGCGUCCCCGGCAGGCGCCCUGCGUAUCUCACAGGACACUGCAUGGCCGCCCAGCCCAGCCCAGCCCAGUCCAGCCCAGCCUAGCCCAGCAGCCCACCCCGUCCUGCCCAGCAGCCCAGCCCAGCCCAGCCUAGCCCAGCAGCCCACUCCGUCCCGCCUAGCAGCCCAGGCCAGCCCAGUCCAGACCAGCAGCCUAGCCCAGCAGCCCACCCAGUCCAGCGCAGUCCAGCCCAGCAGCCCAGCCCAGCAUAGCCCAGCAGACCAGCCCAGCCGCCCAGCCCAGCAGCCCAGUCCACCGCAGCCCAGCCCAGUCCCGCCCAGCAGCCCAGCCCAGCAGCCCAUCACAGUCCAGUCCAGCCCAGCCCAGCAGCCCAGUCCAGCAGCCCAGCCCAGCAGCCUCAGUCCAGCCCAGCAGCCUCAGUCCAGCCCAGCAGCCCAGCAGCCCAACCCAGCAGCCCAGCCCACCCCCCUCAGCAGCCCUGUCCAGCCCUGCUCCACCGAGCCUGGGAGCCCAGCCCAGCCCAGCCCAGCCCAGACCAGCAGCCCAGCCCCCCACCCCGGCAGCCCAGUCUAG